UAUUUAUAAUCUCCUUCUUUUCAUUCCCUUGUAAUAAACUCCAUUUCAUCUUUUGUUUGAUCAACCACAAACUCAUAUCCAAACUACCUCAACUCCCCCUGUCUUUGUUCCCCAUGGAAACCAAAACUAACAAGAAACAAGACAUAAUCUUUAGAUCAAAGCUCCCCGAUAUCGACAUCCCGAAACACCUUCCGUUACAUUCUUAUUGUUUCGAAAAUAUUGCUAAAUUUAGCGACAGGCCUUGUUUGAUAAACGGCGCCACGGACCAAAUCUACACGUACUCUGAUGUUCAGCUCAUUUCCAAAAAAGUCUCGUCAGGCCUCAAUAAACUCGGGAUUCACCAGGGCGAUACGAUCAUGCUUCUGCUCCCGAAUUCGCCUGAAUUCGUGUUCGCGUUCCUCGGCGCAUCGUAUCGCGGCGCCAUAUCGACAAUGGCGAAUCCUUUUUUCACGUCAGCUGAGGUCAUAAAACAAGUCAAGGCCUCGAACGCUAAGCUUAUAAUAACGCAAGCGAAUUACGUUGAUAAAAUUAAAAAAUAUGCAAGCGAGAACAAUUUGAAGGUCAUGUGUGUUGACGCGCCUCCUGAAGGUUGUUUACAUUUCUCCGAGCUGAGCCAGGCUGAUGAGAAUGAUAUGCCUGAGGUGGAGAUUAGUCCUGACGACGCGGUGGCGCUCCCGUACUCAUCAGGCACCACGGGGCUGCCUAAAGGAGUGAUGUUGACUCAUAAAGGACUUGUUACGAGCGUGGCGCAACAAGUGGAUGGAGAGAAUCCGAAUUUGUAUAUGCAUAGUGAAGAUGUGAUGCUCUGUUGUUUGCCUUUGUUUCACAUCUAUUCACUCAACUCGGUGCUGCUUUGCGGCCUUAGAGCUGGCACGGCUAUUUUGAUUAUGCAGAAGUUUGAUAUUGUUCCGUUUUUAGAGCUGAUACAAAAGUAUAAGGUGACAAUUGGACCGUUUGUUCCGCCAAUUGUCUUGGCGAUUGCCAAGAGUCCGGUGGUUGAUAAUUAUGAUUUGUCGUCGGUUAGAACUGUCAUGUCAGGCGCUGCUCCUCUAGGCAAGGAUCUCGAGGAUGCUGUAAGAGCCAAGUUUCCUAAUGCCAAACUCGGUCAGGGCUAUGGAAUGACAGAGGCUGGGCCAGUAUUAGCAAUGUGUCUGGCUUUUGCUAAAGAACCAUUCGAGAUCAAAUCGGGUGCGUGUGGGACUGUAGUAAGAAAUGCAGAGAUGAAGAUUGUUGAUCCUGAUACGUCCGUCUCUCUACCAAGGAAUCAACGGGGAGAGAUUUGCAUCAGAGGUGAUCAAAUCAUGAAAGGUUAUCUCAACGAUCCCGAGUCAACAGAGAGAACCAUAGACAAAGAAGGUUGGCUUCAUACAGGAGAUAUCGGGUACAUUGAUGACGAUGAUGAGCUAUUUAUUGUGGACCGAUUAAAAGAAAUAAUCAAAUACAAAGGCUUCCAAGUAGCCCCUGCUGAACUUGAAGCUAUGUUGCUUACUCAUCCUAACAUAUCAGAUGCUGCAGUUGUUUCCAUGAUUGAUGAGAAGGCCGGAGAGGUUCCAGUAGCUUUCGUCGUGCAAUCAAAUGGUUCAACUACAACUGAGGACGAAGUUAAGCAAUUCAUCUCAAAACAGGUGGUGUUUUAUAAGAGAAUAUACCGAGUGUUUUUCGUGGAUUCGAUCCCGAAAUCGCCAGCCGGAAAAAUACUUCGAAAGGACUUGAGAGCAAGGCUAGCAGCUGGUGAUCUUCCUCAAACAAAAUAAGGAAGAAUGAGAUGACAAUUCUAUAAUGAACAAGUAUCUGGUUUAUGAAGUAUGUUCCAUAUAAUGUGAUCUGUGUUUGUAAAUUCUUUUUUCUUUGAAUUUUUUAAGCUCGUAAACACAUAUGAUCCUACGAUAUACUGGGUAUUAUUAUUUGUAUAUAUACUCUGGUUUAAUAAGCCAUUUUAAGUAAGAAAA